GUACAAGGUGUGGCCCAAGCUCCAAGCUGGAGAAGCUAGCUCACGUCCCCGCGGGCGGACCGCGCUUUCCCUUUCCCAUCAUCCCCACCUGCUCACAGGCUGACAGGUCCACAGUCCCUUAGCACUUGAGGUACCCAGCCAACUGGCCACCCCCUGCCCGCCAGGGUCAUCUGCCAACAACACGCAGACCACCCCCCCCAAACAUUGAGAUCAACAACAUAACCCGUCCGCACCACUCGUGUCUCGGCUACAAACACACCCAGCACAACAUCUCUGUGUAGUUGAUGCCCCAUUGCAGUAGAUAAUCUCGCCUGCAGACCAUCUGCUUCUCGCACACGGCUCACAAGCAUCGCAGUCCCAUCGCAACCUCCACGCCACCCCAGCACACCCCAGCAACGGCACCGACACCAUGUCGAGCUCAUCGAAUAGCUUCCUGCGCGGCCAGCGCAAGUCUGACCUCCUCGAGUUGGCCGAGACUGUUGGUCUGGAAAACACCGAUGGCUUGAAGAAGAGUGAUCUCGAGGUAGCGCUUGACGACUUCCUCGCCGAGAACUCGAACCAGUUCAGCAAGAACCCUGCAACUCAGCCUUACUACCAGGCACGCGCUCGCGCGAUAGGCUCGCCAGUCAAGAAGGAAGCGCCGCCACCUGCUGAAGCCCCCAAGACCGCGAAGCGAAGGGCCGCAAAGGCAGCCGAACAAAACAUCGCCGCUACUGCCGGCGAUGACUCUGAACUGGCCCUGACCUCCGCGACGCCGGGCCGUGCCAUGUCCCUUGCUCGCCGCAUCCCGCUCCCCGCCUCGCCGGCCGACGUUGCCCGGGUCGUCGACGAGCGCACCGUCGCGCUCCGAGAGCGCGUCGUAACGCUGUACGAAGACUCGGGUGUCAAGGAGGUCGCUUACAACACGCGCGACUCGCUGUCCACCGUCACCUCGAUCCUGUUCUGCAUCAACGCGUUCGAGCUGUACCACCUGCGCAAAGAGAUUCUCUCGGACCGCUACGCCUUCACCGUCCCGGCUAUCUCGGCGCUAGGGACGUCGGACUACCCCGUCGAGGUGCCCGACAUGUUCCUGUUGCUGACGAGCUCCUUCUGGAACCCGGCGCUGCUCUGGGCUUUCACCAGCGUGGUUGUGCCUUCUUUCUUUGGCUUCUACUUCAACCUCUCUGCCGCGCACUCGCAACCUGGCCGCGGGAGGAGGAGCUCGCAGCCCGAGACCGUGGUUGAUCCGCUGACCUUCAGCAUUGCCAAGGCGGUCAUAACGUACGUGGUCUACCAGCAGGGCGUCACUUUCGGCGGCUGGGUCGACCAGACAUCCGUGGCGCGUAUCAACUCGGCCAUCUACGGAGGCUGGAAGGGCGUCAUCGUCGGCGCCGCAAUCACAGGCAUUGCAAGCUUCUACGAUGCCGUCUUGCGGAAGUAGCGGUUUCGUAGGUUGUGUGCGGCGGAUGGGCCGUGGGGCUCUCGCUACCAUGGCAUACUAGCCGCUGCUCCACUACAUAUUGAACCAUUCGAGGCAUGCGGUGCAGUCUCUGGGCGUGGUGACCCCACUAUUCUGAGAGGGCGUUACAAGGCGUUUACGGCGUUGUGGCGUCGCAGGGCCUACGGCUUCCCUUUUGACCAGAUACCUCCCUUUGAUUCUCUCCUCGGCCAUGGCCUUUCACGAGGGCAAUACAUGGCACACUUGUGACCGUAGGAGCCUCUUUUACGUGGAGACAGACCCCUCGUGGUUGACGAUGGGUCGCGGACUUUGGGUAAACACUAGGGUGUUGGAUCCGGCGGUGGCUUUCUUGCGAAAUUUGAAUGCUUAUUUUCGGACCGGACGUAUCGGACUUGCUUUUUGAUCUCCUUUUCAGUUGUUGUGAGACUCCGGCGAUGGGAGCGGUUAUGCGUGUUCUGGCGGUCUUGUCGCUCGCCCGGGUUGCUGGUUAGAAAUACGUACAGCACAGGAUGAGCUUUCGCGGGGUUAUAUUGGGUGAAUGUUUAUGAGGCACGGCACGACAAAGUUCUGAAUCAUUAUCGAUAUCCUUCCCGCGGAAAUUGCCAUCCAUAUCGCAGUAAGACUUGUGAGUCCACGGUGUUCAUCCCCAUUUCUCCUGGGGGAGAAGAGCAUGUCGGAGGGGUGACGGUCAGAUUCACUGGCGUUCAAUGGGCGCAUUCCCGACAGCGCCGCCCGGACGACAAACACACGAAGCAAGCUUGAGCCCCUUCCUCGUCGGAGUUUCCAUGCUGCAGGUGGUGACGCACGCCCGGGGAUUUCAAAAGGCGAAAGGGCGAGAGGAGAAGAUCUUGCGCCCGGUGAAGCUCCAGACGGAGGGGGCCGGGCGUUAAUAUUUUUAUUUUCAAUGCUGUUUGUGCAACGCAUACACGAGCUGGACGCUGGUCUGUUGUUCAAUCGACUCGCAUGAAGAAAAAUAGUCUGCUUUGGUCGAUCGGAUGUGCCUUGACGCUCGGCGGGCUUGGUAAUAAAGCCGCGCGGCCGGCCGGUGCAUCAUCCAACCCAUUGGCAUCGGGAAAAGGGAACAGAAAAACAAAUGGACAGGGCCUCAAGAGGACGAGCUUACAGGGGGGGGAGAAAUAGGGAAUCGAGGGGGUCUGCGCCCAAGGGUUGGGAUAUGAGCACCUGACGACAGGUUCAAUGCGCUAGGAAGGUGAGUUGAGAACUGAAAUCGGUCCUUUACAGUGAAUACUACUACGUCUGUAUUGCCCUCACCGACAGCUGACAGUAUAGUAGACAGGUGUUGGUGGUCCUCAGUAGUGACGACAUCAGGGGGUCCUCCCUGUACACUCUUCAGCAGUACUGCUGUCUUUUAACGUCCAGUAGGAUAACCUCUUGUAGCCUCAUAUAGGACAACUUCUUGCAAAGUCAAUACGCCAGAGGAAGGUCAGCCACAGGGGCUCCGUUAUGACAUCAUAUUAUCAUUUCUUUGAAGGUGUGGCGGUGUUGCGGUAAUGGUUUGCUGUGUAAUGCACGUGAAAAGACCAUAUAAGAUCUCGAGGCAGAGGCAAGAUCCGUGGCCCGCGAAUAAAGUUUCUGCGAGCCCCUGAGAGCUGAGCGCUGCUGCCCCUCUCUGGGGGCCAUAUAUCAGGGCGACCUUGUGUGCCUGACCGGAAGCUAUCCAGGAGGCCCGGUGUGUGAUGCCCAAUAUCCACAUGGCGUGUACACUCUUGGCUUCAAUACCCGUAUAGAGUGUGUAUAGUGUGUGAUGGAAGCGGAAAGGCCCCCAUCAGGCACACAGCAGGCCAAGCCGGCUUAUUAAGACCUGGGAAUUGUCGAUAUGGCCGACAGACAGACCUACUACAUACAUAGUACGUGCUGCGCCAUGCUGUGAUGCGAGGGCAAGGAUUCUAUUUUUGUCGUUGUUCAAGGAAGCACGGGAAGAGGGGGAGAAAAAAAAAGGUGACGUGCCCGGGGGCUGGCGGCCAUGCCAAGAUCUGGGAACAAAGGGCCUCCUGAAAUUCAUGCAGUUACCAGUUCAGCCCUCUGGGGGCAUUGAAGGGUGUGGCAGGCGCCCCAGCCCCAAAU